AUGAUCUUAGCUCUUUCACUUGUUCCAAUCGACAAUCUAGAUGCCGCUAUACAAGAAUUAAGAGAUGACUUACCAGAAUGCUUACAACCAUCACUUGACUGGUUUGAGGACAAUUAUGUUGGAAGGGUUAUUAGAAAUGGAAGAGGUCGUCGGAUAGCAUUAUUCCCACCACACAUUUGGAAUUUACACCAACGAGUCUUGAAUGCUCAAGAUAGGACUAAGAACCAUGCUGAAGCAGCUAAUAGAUGA